UGUUGUGGGUGUGUGACCAAGAAACAUUCUAGCAACGAUCCGCAAACGGCAUCUGAAUAGAAAUAAUCAGGAACUAAAUACUCUCGGAUGAGCAAUGUUUUCGACGUUGUUUUGUUAAUUUUUAUCGAAGGUACCGUCAAGUCAGACGUCUGCUUAAUGCAAAGAAACGAGAAUUGAUGCUUUUUGCUCCUGUUGUAUUUGACCUGGAGAAGCCUUCUGGUGACGGAUGAGAACAGGCUGUAGUUAUCCUCCAGCUUUUGUUUCAGCCGAAUGGUUCUCCCGCCUGCUCGCCAGUCAUUGGCUGAGGCCUUGUUAGUAUUCCAUGACAAGCCACUACCAGUUCACCCACCUCCCCUUCCUCACCUUUGUGGAACUAACAAGUGAGAUCCUGAACAGGAUUUGCGGUCUGUCAAUGAGGAACUACCGGCUGAUCUUUUGCCAUAACCUGAAGCAGCCAUAGAUGUCCAUUCACUUCAGCGGGCGUGAGAGGAGCAGGCGAUAAGGACAACUUCUGGGUGUUUUAACUGCUAAACGACGGAAGGCGGGGCCGUGAGAUGAGGAAGAGCGUGUCCCCUUCCCCAGGUAGUGAGGCCCUGAGCCAGGCCAGGGUGUUCGGCAUCCCCCUGGAAGAGCUGAAGGCCAGUGGGCAGAGCGGCCACAGUGUGCCUCUGCUGGUCCAGCAGAUUGUCGACUACAUCGAGGAACAUGGGCGGCUCGACCUGGAGGGAAUGUUCCUCGUCAACGGCAAUGCGGAGCGUGUGGAUUGGCUCAGGCAGCGCUACGACAACGGCGAGCAGGUGGACCUAGAGAAGGAGGCAGACCUCGCCUCGGCCGUCAGCUUGCUCCGCCUCUUCCUACAGAAGCUUCCGGAGCCCAUCAUCCCUGCUGCGCUGCAGGCCCACGUCCUGCAGCUCUACCAAGAUUACAGCAGCGAGGAGGAGCUGGCCAGGAACAUGAAGUAUUUACUGCAGCAGCUCCCCCAGGUCAACUAUACCCUGCUGCGCUUCCUGUGCCGCUUCCUGUCCAGCGUGGCGGCGCUGCAGGAGGACACCUGGAACGUCGGGGCGCUCGCCGCCGUCUUCGGACCAGACAUCUUCCAUCUGGACACGGAGGUGGAAGGCCUGGGGGAGCAGGAGUCUGUGAGCAGGAUCCUAGCUGAGCUGCUGGAGAACAAGGAGGACUUCUUCGACUCCGAGGACGAUGACAUCUCCACCACCAACGACUACAGCUCCAUCAACGAGCAGAUCACAGAGCUCCUGGAUGACGACAAGCUGGAGGCGUGCGAGGAACUGCCCCAGGACAGCGAGGACCUGCAGCCCUCCCACUCUUCCCCACACCCCCAAGACAUCUCCCCCUCCAGUUCCCACAUCCCCUCCAUCAGCAUACUUCCUGGAUCUGCUAAUAUUAUAGAGAGAACCAUCCGCGCUGCAGUGGAACAGCAUUUCCUUGACCUCAAGACCUGCAUCGAUAGUAGUUACAACAGCCAAGGGGCAGGCACCAGUGAGAAGGGGGUGCAGCCCCGUGGAGAGGAGGGGCAGAGCGAGGGGGAGGACCUCUGUGACCACGACCAGCAGACCUCACACAUUCACCAACAGGAUGAGUUUCACAGCCCCUCCCUAGAAGAACGUUCUGGUAUGGACCUAGAUGCUGAGAACAACACUAACACUGCCAGGCAAGAUGGCCAGUCUUGUGAGAAUAUGGACCAGGCAGAUAAUAUCACCAGGGAGAGGGAUUUGUGCGAGAACCACCAGAACUCCACCAGCGACCCCAGUCCACCACCAUGCCAGCAUGCCAGCAGCUACAACCGCCAACUGCAUCUCGGCCACAUCUUUCCAGACAGCCAGUGGGAAGCCCCCCAUGCCCCCUUCAUAGACUUCUCUUUUAUGCACAUGCAGAAGGAAGGCUGCGACCCCGUCCCAGCCUUCAAGUCGUGGCACGACGAGAGCGACAGCGGCGAGGCCCAGCUGUCCCCCCUGGCGGGGCGCAUGGUGCACCCCCCCCUGGAAGAGGACACACACCCCCUGCUGGCACGCCGCUUCCUGGACUUCGGCCACAGCCAGCGCUUCCUGUCGCAGGACCCCGACGCCACCUCGCCAACCAAGUCCCUGUCCUGCGGCAGGCCUCGGCGGGCCUCCUUUGGGUCCAAAGAUAGCUCCAGGGCCGAGUCAGCCUCCCACCAGCUGACUAAGAAGCUCCAGAACCUCAAGAAGAAGAUCAAGCAGUUUGAGGAUCAGUUUGAGAAAGACCGAAACUACAAGCCGUCUCACGGAGACAAGGCAGCUAACCCCAAGGUCCUCAAGUGGAUGACAGAUCUCACCAAGAUACGCAAGCAAAUCAAAGGACGACCGCACCCGCCGCCCCCCAAAGGCUCCCUGAGACACCAGGCCGUGCUACACUCACACAGAUGCCAGCUCCUCCUCCACCACCACCACCACCACCACCCCUCCUCCCCCUCCUCCUCCUCCUCCUCCGCCCCCAACACACACCAUAGCACACACGCACGCCCCCCCUACGCCUGUAGACAGGCCUCGCAUCUCAAUGCCAAACACAAGGCAGAGAGCGAGCAGGGCCCUCUGACCCGCCCGCGGAGCAACACCCUGCCCAAGAGCUUCGGCUCCACGCUGGAGGCCCACACGGCGGGGCCGGAGGAGGGCCGCGGCCAGGCGAGACCCACGCGCCUGGAGACCCUGGAGCUCAUCCAGCUGCGCGUGCGGGGCAAGAGGGAGGAGGACGGCUGGCCCGAGGACACCAAGAAGAUGAGCCGGGAGCAGCUGUCCAGCGAGAAGACAGUCCUCCAGAAGAACCUGCUGCACUACGAGGGCCUGCACGGCCGUCCUGUCACCCGCGACGAGCGCCUGCUCGCCAAGCCGCUCUACGACCGCUACCGCCUGGUCAAGCAGAUGCUCACCCGCGCCAGCAUCACCCCCAUCACUGUGUCCCCAUCCAGCAAGAGACGAAGCCAGACGCUGCAGCCAAUCAUCGAGGGCGAGACGGCCCACUUCUGCGACGAGAUCGAAGAGGAGGAAGAGGAGGGGGAGGAGGCGGGGGAGGGGGAGGGGCGGGCCGGGGAGGAGGAGGAGGGGGAGGAGGAGGAGGGGGACACCAGCGGAGGAGAGAUGCAGAGCUCCGGGUCCGACGUCAUCAUGUCCCUGGACCCUCUGGCCCCCCUCACGCCCCAGUCAGAGAGGGAGGGCUCCAUCACGUCCCGCAUGGAGGAGAGCUCCGGGAAGCUGGGCCUGGACCUGCGCCUGUCCAGCUCCAACGCCUCUUCAAUGCCUGAGCUGCUGGAGCAGCUGUGGAAGGCUCGAGCAGAGAAGAAGAAACUGAGGAAGACCAUCCGGGAGUUUGAGGAUGUCUUCUAUCAGCAGAACGGCAGGACUGUUCAGAAGGAGGACCGUGUGCCCAUGCUGGAGGAGUACAGGGAGUACAAGAGGAUCAAAGCCAAGCUGCGUCUGGUCGAGGUGCUCAUUAGCAAGCAGGACUCCUCCAAGUCCAUCUAGACAGACCCCCCCCUACCCCUCCCCCCAGCCACACGCUGCACCUCCAGCCAGCCAAUCAGCAAGCGAGCUCUGGCGUGACUUCAUCAUUCUCUCCCCCAAUCAGCUAAACCCCUCCCAUCCCAGUCAGCAGCCCACAUAUCAAGCUUAACCCCCUCAAUAACCCCCUUUUUUUCUUUCUUUCUUGUGAAAGAGUACUUGUCAUUUUUAUCACAACCUCCACAUCUAACAUUCAAGUUUCUCUUGUUUAUGUUUAGUCUCCCCCCCCCCCUCUUAUUUAUGUUUAUUUUGUAGAUUUUUGUGGGGUUUUUUGUGCACAGUAGUUUCUCAUACUGAGAAGUGUUUGAUGAUAGAAGACAGAAGCUGGUACUUAGUUGUUGCUGAAUAGUUUGACCAUCUUCAUGGAUGUAGCAAUCCCUCCCUCUAAGUGAUGGGAUUGGUCAUCUUAGUUGUCAGACUCACUUAGACUCCUGCCCUGAACUCCCAUCUCACCUCUCUGGAAGGAGGCAGUGGGGUUUUUUGGAGAACAGAAAGAGUUGUGUGCAUGUAUUCUUGUCAAAUCGCUAUGUACACAUUGCUAAGUUAAACUAUGUCACUUUUUUGUUCUUGAAUGAAGAACUACUUUUCAAGUAAAAAGAAAAAGGAAAAAAAAAAAAGGAAAGGAAAGAACCUACUGUAUUGAGUAUGUUACAUCCUGGUUCUUUGUAUAUUAUGAAUCCUUAGCUAGUGAGGAAACUGAGUUCAUCAGUUAAGGAUUGGUUUGUGCUGAGGUAAAUCUUGGUUCUUUUGUAAAUCUUGGGUCACCCUUUUCCAUACAGAGGGGAAUGAUGAGGUACACUAUUCAGUUGUGAAAGGGAAACCGGUUGAUAUUAGUGUUGAUCUCGUAUGCUUGGUUUCUAUUCUCCGCAAUAAUGUUGGAGCGCUUUGACUCUGGCUUAUAAAUAUGUAUAUAUCUAUUAACGUGUGUUUGUUUUUUUAUGAGUGUUCAGGGUUUGUGGCGUUGUCGAGUUUGUUGUGUGAGGUGUGACUGAGGGAGUAAUAGGUGUGAUAACAGCCAUCACAUACGGCUCAGCUAGAAACAUCAGUGUUAAAUGCAGGGCCACAGUCGAGUUCUGGAGGAGAGGACACCUCAGUUAUCUACAAUCAGUCAGCUGUGUGUGGCUGGCAGACAGGCAGAGGACCAGGCAGACAACUUUCCAACGGCAACACAACAGUUGGCUUGAGCAGGUGUGUUUAGCAGGAAAUGCCAUCUCACGGAGGAAGGCUCCAUCCUCAUGUCUUGUGGCCGAUGUCUUUUGAGGAUGGCUAUUUAUAAAUCUCCUCAUUGGCCAAUUAUAAGUCCUGAGCUGGGGGCCAAGCAGGUUGACAUGACAACCUGUCUUAAUCCUAUUUCAGCCACAGGCAUGUAGACACAGGCUAGGGUGUUUGUGAUGUGUGCACUCCUUGUGACGGGUGUGUCCAGCACUUAAACUAGGGAAGACACCUUGUUUGAGGAAGUACACAAGAAGGUAACUUCUCUGCUGUAACAAUAUGGGGUGACAUACCUUUUGGCUUGUGUGUUGUAAAACGAACCCAGGGAAGUUCUAUUCUACCCUGACCUGGUAGGAUAGUUUCGGUUGACACAGAACUGUUACAUACUGAAGUCUAAGGGGGUGGGAUGAGGAGGAGGGAAGUUAUUUGCACAGCAUUCCGAGAAUGCAGCCCUUGUUUCUGUCGGUUGUUUUUACGUUUAGUUUUUUUGUUUCAUUUAAAAAGCACUACUUGGACCUGAAGGAUGUAUGUCAGAAAAGCUUUCAAGUUUUCAAACAAUUUAGUUUGCCCUCCCCCUCCUCGCCCAACCCCAUCAGCUUUUAACUUCCUGUGAUGUUGAAACCAUGCUUUUGUAUUGAUUGUUUAUGUUCUCACUAAUAUAUAUAAAUAUAUAUCUAUAUUAAGCAAAGUAGCAAUGUAUCUGCUUAAAAAUAAACCUGCUAAUGUUUUGUAUGAGCUAGAUGAGCUAGUAGUUGACUUGCAUGGUAUAAAUGACAAUUUGUAUUGGUUUCUAUUUUUGUGCCAUGAAGAUGAAGCAAUAAGAUGAACAUCGAGGGGUGUGGCAGAGGGGUCUCGGUCGGUGCAGUUUACCACUCAAGUUGUCAGCACAAUGUCCCCGUUCACUAGCUUCAAAACCAAAUAACAGACAAACUAUGGAAGUGUUACGUAUGGACGGUGGCCAAACCACUCGCACCAUUCUAUGAAUAAUGAAGUUCAUAAGGGCUUUUUUAGUUUGAAUCCCCCCCACCACCACCCUCCCUGUAUUGUUUAGCAUUGUGCGUACAACGAGUGGUAAAGAUCAUGUGAGGCCUCUGGGUUGUGAUGGAUGUAUACUGACCUUGUUCAUAGCCCCACUGAUCCAGACUGCCCAGCUCGCACGCAUGGCUCACGCACGUUUCCACGGCAAACGAGGGGCGGGUGAGACAUCAGCUUAUAUACAAUAGCUCCAUCCCCUCAGUCUCUAUAUGUGGAACUGUGUUUUACAUCUAUACGCUGGAUGUAUAUUAUCUGCAUAACUGUUUUCUGUGAAUGCUUUUUUUUUCCUCUUAUCAACAAUGAUUAAAGUACAAUCAGUAAUAAUGUACAUUUGAAAUGCAGACAAAAUAAAGAUUGUAAUUUACACA